CUGUGAUUACUGACAUCGCCGUCGCGCUGUAUACCGCUCGUAGUCUCAGAGCAUUGCUAGUGGCGUUUAAUUCUUUAGUAAAACGCGAUCGUUCGCCGCUUUUGUCUCCGUUUUGAAUUAUCCAUUUAGAUCGCAUCGAUGUGGAUAACACGUGCAAUAAGUAACCGCGUUAUAUCUUUGAAUUAACAUCGAAUUACGAUAAAAGUAAAAUCGUUCGAUAACAACUGCGCUUAUUACCACGCGCUAUGCGUUGGUUUGUGUUUCCUCGAGGUCACCGCCGGACUUUGACAGACGUUAGUAUGUCACGCAUUAGCGUGAUAUUACUUGUGCUAAGUGUCUGCAGUACUUUUUCUAAGGUAUCAGCAGCAGAUAAUGGCCAUUGUAUUUGGUAUGGAGAAUGUUAUAAAGAUGAAUUUCUGCACAAAAAGAAUUGUCAUUAUAUUGGACCACCUAAGCCACUGGAUAAUGAAGGACAAGAAAUACUUGCUAAAAAUUGUCCUCACUUGAUCAAUGAUUCUGGAAAUGGGAUUAAUACUUGCUGUGAUACAAACCAAUUAAAAACUAUGGAUUCAAAUAUUAAAUUAGCUGCUAAUUUUAUAAGCAGAUGUCCUAGCUGUUUAGAUAAUCUAGUAAAGCAUUUUUGUGAAUUUACAUGUAGUACAAAACAAAGCACCUUUAUUAAUGUUACUGACAUACAGACAAACAAUGGCAUAGAAUAUGUCAAUAAAAUAGAUGUUUUUAUAACAAAUAAGUAUCUGGAAGGUACUUUCAAUUCAUGUAGUAAAGUCUCAGUACCUAGUACUGGACAAUUAGCAAUGGAUCUAAUGUGUGGAGUAUGGGGGGCCAGUAGAUGUACUCCAUUAAAAUGGUUUCAUUACAUGGGUGAUGCAGAAAACAAUGCCUAUGUACCUUUCCAAAUUACAUACAUAAAUACUGAUGAACCAGUUGGUUCAUUUACACCUGUAGAUCCUGUUGUUACUCCUUGCAGCAAGGCAUUAAAUAAAAAUACACCAGCAUGCAGCUGUGUAGACUGUGAAGGUAGCUGUCCUGUGCCUCCACCAGCACCUCCUUUGCCAAAACCCUUCACCAUUAUUGGCUACGAUGGAUAUGCAGUGGUUAUGAUAAUUACUUUCAUAUGUGGUACAGCUCUCUUCAUCCUGUCAAUAGUGUGCUUCAGUAAUAGGAGGAAAAUUGUUGCACGAGGUGAGGAAGUAGGAAGGCAGGUGGGUAGACGUCUAGCUGCAGGGUUACAUCAUCCAGGAGAUGGUGCACGAAUUGCUCUCGCCGCUGACCAGGAGGACAGUCCACUUCAGUCUAAGCGUUCCAGUGUGAUAUCUGCAGAUGAUUUGCCGAGCGGAUUCGACGAAGAACAACCAUCAACUUUCAUCGAAAGAUUGGGCGCCAACACUGAUAAGUUAUUAGCAGAAUUCUUUUGCUGGUGGGGUACAGCCUGUGCUUCACGACCAUGGUUUGUUUUAUUCGUCGGCUUUCUGUUCGUCGUUGGUUUGGGACAUGGGAUAAAAUAUAUUCAUGUCACCACGGACCCUGUUGAAUUAUGGGCUGCCCCACAAUCUCGAUCUCGGGUCGAACGAGAAUAUUUUGAUCAGCACUUUGAACCGUUCUAUAGAAACGAGCAAAUAAUUAUAACAUCAGUAGGGCUACCAAAUAUUGUACACAAUACAUCCAAUGGCCCGAUAACAUUUGGUCCAGUGUUUAAUGAUACUUUUCUGAAGACUAUUUACCAGUUACAAGAAGGAAUUAAACAGAUAGUUACUCCGAAUAAUUAUACUUUAGCAGACAUAUGUUUCGCUCCAUUAACUAGUCCAUUCACUGGACCACCAACAGCUUCGCAAUGUGUUAUUCAAAGUAUCUGGGGAUAUUGGCAAGACAGUAUGGACAAUUUUGAUUCUACAUCAGUAGACGAUGACAAUUUUACAGUGAAUUAUUUGGAUCAUUUCAGAGUUUGUUCGCAGAAUGCGUACAAUCCUGAAUGUCUUGCGCCUUAUGGAGGACCGAUAGAACCUGCGAUCGCGGUUGGCGGAUUUCUGUUACCGGGUCAAGAUCUCCACAAUCCUUCCUAUGAAAAAGCUACUGCAAUAAUAUUAACAGUACUAGUAAAUAACUAUCACAAUAAAUCCAAACUGAGUCCGGCAAUGGAAUGGGAAAAGAGUUAUGUAGAAUUUAUGAAAAAUUGGACCGCGACGAAAAAGCCGGCAUUUAUGGACAUCGCGUUUACCUCGGAACGAUCGAUCGAGGAUGAACUGAACAGAGAAUCUCAGUCAGAUGUUUUAACCAUCCUCGUAUCAUACAUUAUUAUGUUCGCGUACAUCGCGAUUUCCCUCGGUCAAAUUAAGACCUGCAGUAGGUUGUUGAUCGAUUCUAAAAUUACUCUUGGCCUUGGCGGUGUACUCAUAGUAUUGGCCUCUGUUGUUUGCUCCGUCGGACUGUUUGGUUUCGUUGGCAUUCCUGCAACACUCAUUAUUAUUGAAGUCAUACCAUUCCUUGUCCUUGCUGUUGGAGUGGACAAUAUUUUCAUUCUGGUCCAAACUCAUCAGAGAGAAGGUCGUCGUCCAAAUGAAUCAAUACCUGAACAUAUCGGUCGUACCCUUGGCCAAGUUGGACCAAGUAUGUUGCUUACCAGUGUAUCAGAAAGUUGCUGCUUCUUCCUUGGUGGAUUAUCCGAUAUGCCUGCUGUUAGAGCUUUUGCUCUGUACGCCGGUAUGGCAUUAUUGGUAGACUUCGUACUUCAAAUAACGUGUUUCGUUAGUUUAUUGGCCUUGGAUACUGUUCGCCAAGCGAACAAUAAAUUGGAUGUAUGUUGUUUCAUCCGUGGUUCGAAGAAAGAUACUGGAGAGGAAGUAGUGAAUGGAAUUUUAUAUAAAAUUUUCAAAGUUGCUUACGUUCCAUUGUUGUUGAAGAAAGGAACACGCGCAUUUGUUAUGAUAGUGUUCUUCGCUUGGCUUUGCUCGAGCAUCGCAGUUGUUCCACAUAUCGAAAUCGGUUUAGAUCAAGAACUUUCCAUGCCUGAAGACAGUUUUGUCUUGAAAUACUUCAAAUUCUUAAAUAGUUAUUUGUCUAUCGGCCCACCAAUGUAUUUUGUUGUAAAAGAGGGUCUAAAUUAUUCUGACACGAGGCAACAAAAUCUAGUGUGUGGUGGGCAGUAUUGUAACAGCGACUCGGUAUCUACUCAAAUAUUCAUAGCUUCUAAGCAGUCGAACAUGACGUACAUAGCGAAGCCGGCCUCCUCCUGGUUGGACGAUUAUAUCGAUUGGACUCAACUAUCUACUUGUUGUAAAUACUUCGUCUCAAAUAGUUCUUUCUGUCCACACACAGGACCUGCCAAACAGUGUGCCACGUGUAAUAUCUCCACGAAUAAAUUCGGUCGACCAGUACCAAUCGACUUCGACAAAUACGUGUCAUUCUUCUUACAAGAUAAUCCUGACGAUACUUGCGCUAAAGGGGGUCAUGCUGCAUACGGUCACGGCGUUAAUUACCUCACUAAUCCGGCGACAGGACUAUCAAAUGUUGGAGCAUCAUAUUUCUCGUCCUAUCACACUAUUCUGAAGUCGUCCGCCGAUUACUACGAAUCGAUGAGAGCUGCAAGAGCUGUCUCAGCAAAUAUAACUGACAUGAUCAACAGUAACUUGAAGAGUAUCGGUAGCACCUCAACAGUUGAAGUUUUCCCGUACAGUGUGUUUUACGUCUUCUACGAACAGUACUUAACAAUGUGGCCCGACACGUUGUACAGCAUAGGAAUAUCUUUGGUCGCCAUUUUCGUUGUGACGUUCCUCUUGAUGGGCCUGGACAUAUUCUCUUCUGUCGUCGUCGUUAUAACGAUCACGAUGAUCGUUGUCAACAUUGGUGGUUUAAUGUAUUGGUGGCACAUCACCCUAAACGCUGUGUCCCUAGUGAAUCUUGUCAUGGCCGUGGGAAUCGCUGUCGAGUUCUGUAGUCACUUAGUACAUUCCUUCUCGGUGUCGGUGAAACCUACCAGAGUCGAAAGGGUUGCCGAUGCAUUGACAAAUAUGGGAAGCUCUAUUUUCAGUGGUAUCACUCUUACGAAGUUCGGUGGAAUCGUCGUACUCGGAUUUGCUAAGAGUCAAAUCUUUAAGGUGUUCUACUUCAGAAUGUAUUUGGGUAUCGUAUUAUUCGGAGCUGCUCACGGUUUAAUAUUUUUGCCCGUAUUACUCAGUUAUAUUGGCGUGAUGUCGCGCCGAGGGCGUGGAAGAGCCCGUCAAUGUGCCAGCGGGGCUGAACACGAAUUUAGGGGUCAGGUACUGGGGCCUGACACACCUUUGCUCGAAAAUGACAACAAUCAAUUCCCAACCACUUCCUACGCCAGUAUGAACUCCAUAGAUCCAUCAGAUCAUCGAGUAAUUGUUUAGCAUUAAUCAUCCGAAUUAAUUCAUGCAAUUUUGUAUUUAGAGAGACUGAAGAUGAUCUGCUUAAUAUGAUACUUAACUAUUUUUACUAUGAUUAUUCUUUUCAAAAGAACGAAUAGGUUGAAUGCUGGUCUAAAGAAUUAUACAAAUCUGAACUAUGAAGUUCAUACGUGGUAUUUUUCUUUGUAAUUAGGAAGCAAAAAUCUUCAAACAUGAUUAUUAUUAUUCACGUCAUAAGGUUGCAUUACAUUUAAGAUAUUUAAUUGUGAAAGAAUAUUUUUUAAUUUAACAUUACUCUAUUGCUGGAGCUUUAUUAUGUAUUUGCAGUAAGGUGGUGCGAGUAAUCGUACAGCAUAUAAUUUAGUCUUAACGUCACUUAGUUCUCUGAUACCUUUUUCAGUGAAAAAUGCGUAAACGUGCUUCGUGCUUUCACGCUCAUGCAUUUUUUUAUCGCUGGAAAAGUUUCCGAUAUAAAUGUCACAUAAUUAACAGAAAGGGUUUCUUGGCGGUACAAUACGGUUACGAUUUCUAUUUAUAUGGUCAGAAAAAUUGAUUUGUUUUAAAAUUUUUUGUACAACGAGAACGUGAAAUUUUACUCAACAAGAAUAUUAACCGUCCUUAGUCGAGAUAAGACAUUAAAUAAGAACAAAUUUGUAUUUAUGUUGUACAAGAUGUAUAUACACGUAUAAUUUUCAACGUAAGAAUGUUUUCAGUCGAUAAUCCAUGGCAUUAGUAUCGGAAUACGUGUUUCUACCUUGCAUUUUAUUUGUAUCAAUGGCGUAAUAUUCCAGAAUCUGGUUAGUUACAGUAUAAGUACAAUGUUAGCAAUCUUCGAAAGUAGCGUCAUCAUUUUUGUAAACAAUUUUUGUUUUAUUUGUUUUAUGUUAACUGGUAUAUGUGCAACUUAGUUUUACUAAAUACCAGAGUAUUAUCUUUUUAAAAAUUUCCGUUUUGAUAUUGUCUGCUUAUAAACCAGGAAAAAGAUAGAGUCGUUAGCCUAAUUGAAUAAUGUGGACGUGUGAACGCUUAAUUUCCUGCCGCAUGCUUAGUCGCGAUAAAAUAUCUUGCAAGCGACAUUGUAUUUAAUUGUAUUUAAUUACGUUUAAUUUGACCAGUAUUCUUUUUCUGUUUUGUACGAAGUUAAACGGAGAACAGCAAUCGUACGAAUCCUUCGUAUCAAAACUUCUCUGUAGACACGAGUGUUUCAUGUCGCGAAUUCAAAUUCAUACGUUUUAUAAAAUUAUUUGUAUACGAAAAAAGAAUUUUUAUACUGACAAAAAGAGUACGUAAUGCAAAGAACCUCGCUAGUAAAAAUAAUUCUGAAACAGUACAUUUGCAGUUGUUGUUGUGACAUUACGCUGCGCGUACAGGUGAAAACGGAACUCGCAUGUAUUAAUCGAUGUUUGUAAAUCUUGUCAAAUAUCUCGUUACACGAUAUCACGAGUUUAGUAUUUGAGAGACUACAAGUGUGUUCUAUAUGUGUAAAUGGCAGAAAGAAGUACAUUGUGAACGUUAAAUAAAAAUAAGAGGUGAUUAAAUUUGGCGAUUAGUAUGUACAAUUAUGCCCGAGUUUAAUCGUGUUCAACAGAUUACAUAUCACUGCAGCAAUUUCAGUAUUAAAUUCGUAUAAUGAACAGAAUACUACCAAAGAGAUGUCUGAGUAACGUGAGAACGCGUUAACACUUAAUACAAAUAAACUUUUUUCUGUUUAUACAA